GUGAUUGGAAAUUCUGGAGCCAUUUGAAAGUGUCAAAUUAUUAUUAUUCAAACGCGCUAAAAUUGAUGUCGAUUUUCACUUAUAACCUGUCAUUCAUCGAUCAAUUCGAUUUGAUUGUGUUCAGCAAAAGAGUUUAGAGGCAAGGAUGAAACGUCCAUAAGGGCUUUAACCCUAGUGAACGAUCGAAAGGAGGGAGUUUCUUACAGAAGGGAAAAAAGACGACUGUGUUUGCGGCGGUGUAACCAAGAUUUCUGUGUUACUGUAACCUUUUUAUCGCCCCACGCACAAAUUUGUUCACAAUAUGAACAACGCAUCGACCAACAACACAGGAAGCAUCACUCAACCAAGUGUAACACUCGUUCUGUACUUCGCAACGUUCUUCAUCGGUCUUGCGGGGAAUCUUCUAGUCGUGGUGAUCAUCGUCACUCGAAAAACCAGGAAACGCAUGAAUGAUAUAUUUGUCCUUAAUCUCAGCGUAUCUGACCUGUGUCUCAUCCUGUUCUGUUUGCCAGCACUGAUUUACGUACAGCUUGUCGGUUCUGUUACAUCUCCGUUUUAUUGUAAGUUUGUAUGGCCCAUGGUUACUGUUUCGUUCUCUUCCAGUAUUUUGACCAUUACUUCCAUGGCUUGCUACCGUUGUAACGUUCUCCUUCAUCCCUUUGAACUUCCGCCCAGCGGAAAACAGGUUCUUUUGUGGAUUUCGUCAAUAUGGCUCGUCUCCUUCGUGAUUGCCAUACCUCUGAUAAUCACUUCAAAAUUUCAAGAGGAUCUGAAGGGCAGCACAUGUUACGAGGACUGGCCUAGUUUAAAUUUUAAACGAGGUUACACCGUAGCGCUUUUCAUUUUGCAAUAUCUCUUGCCAUUACUGACCAUAGCCGUCGCUUACGUACGAAUUGGUAUCGAUUUGACACGAACCAAGGUUCGGCGUGCUUCGAUUACAAGAAGAGGAGAAGUUUCGGAUCAAGGAAGCAGAGAGGAAAAUGUAAAAAUCAUAAAAAUCUUAGCAACAAUUGUAGUUUUGUUUACAUUUUGUAUGUUACCGGUGCAUAUCGCUUGGAUUUUGUUGGAUUUUGGUGGAAACAGCGAGAAAGAGAUAGCCGAAAUAAUUUUCAAAUUUUCAGAUGUCUUAGCCAUUUUACAAAGUUGCCUAAACGCAGUGAUAUACGGCGCGCUCACCAAACAUUUGCGAAGUGGAUUUGUAAAGUGCUUGUUACGGCCGCUAGCUAUUUGUUACGAUUUUCGAAAAGGUGGCGAGCAAGUCAGUUCGCAAAGAAGGCCGACAUACCAACCUUCUGGAGAGGAAUUAGAGACAUUUACUUUGGGUAGGAAAAGCACGUUCUCUUAAAAAUCGGUUGAUGUCUAGCCCCGUGGGCCAACUUCGUUUCCCCGUUAAGAAACUUAAGCCUUAACGAAAUCGCGCAAAUAAGAUCAUUUGCACGUUUUUUGUUCUUAAUUGAUUUUGAGUAAUAAUACUUUUAGACGGAACUAGAGUGACAAUGACUUAAUAUGCCCAGGGAAACAACACGAACUAUGCAUUCAGUACCAGGUUGAAAGACAAUUUGUGUGCAAAUUGUUUUGCGUCAAGUAAGGUUGUUAAGAAACAGAUGUACAAUUGUUAUUAAGGUGGGACAACUGGUUUUAGAGCCUAAGGUCUAACAUCACGUUUGUCAAGUACAAAGGGACUUGGUAAUCAAAAGCAUACUCAAUCCUUAAAUUGUAAAUUUUCUCUGGUUUUACUGAGGAUUUUUUUUUUAACUUUCACAGCAGAUGUUUCUUGUCUCAGUUUUCACACUGAAAUGAAGGCUAUGACUUAAAGACAGAUUUUCCGUCGCUUAGGUCAAUAGAUAAAUGCAUUAACCCUUUCACUCCCAAGAUCUCAUUAGUAAUUCUCUUUACUGUCUGUCAUAUAGUUCUUAAGAUGUUAGCUUGAAGAAUUUGGUAUUAGAUCAACUAAUAAUCCCGUAACUGAUAUUUUUCUUCAGUCUCAUCACUUGUCUGCUUGAUAUUGUAUUGAUAUUGUAAGGAGAAAUUCUGUCUUGGUCACUUAUGGGAGUUAAAGGGUUAAGUCAUUUCAACUUACUUUGCAUUUAUCUUUCAAUGAAGUUGUUCUUUUUGCAGGGUAAAGAUAAUAUGAAUUUGAACUACCAAGAUCUCAUCAGUAAUUCUCUGUACUGUCUGACAUACAAUUCUUUUAAUGUCAAUUUGGAGAAUUUGAUAUUGGAUCAACUGAAAAUCCCCUAUUUGAUAUUUUACUUUAUUGUCGUCACUUCGAUGCAUGAUAUUGUAUUGAUUUUGUAAGGAGAAAUUCUUUCUUGGUCACUCAUGGGAGGUAAAGGGUUAAGUAUAUUUAUGUGAAUUCUGGGAGUUUACUACACUCGUUUUAAAACUGUUUAAAUAACUGACGAUAGUUAUUCUAUUCUUCCUUGUGAGUGUUGCUUAAUGUUUGCUAGUGAUGCCUUACGCCAUCGCGCAAAGAAGGCUGUAAGGAGUCCUAACUAAAAUCACGCAUUCUCUCGACAGCAGACAAUAGCGUGACCAUGUUCAGCCCGACUCAGUUGUAUGGUCGCAGAAAAAAAAUUUAUUUGGACCAUUUUUUCCUGCUUGAUUAUCUAAUUUCAUCUCAGCGAGAUUUCCACUCUUUUUUUUUCUAUCCUGUUGCCCAU